UCGCACGCUUUCAUACACGUGAGCCUCGGCGUGCAUGUGCAGAAGUAGGAAAGAUGGCUGCUUGUGCAAUACGACGAGGCUUUCUGACUGUUGUCAGUAAAUACAACAAGAAACAGACACAUAGAAUAUUGGGUGUUAUUGAAGGGAGUAGUGGACUUGAGGUGAAGAGGCCCCGGUUACCGUGUUUAGCAUGUGGAUUGCCCAACAUUCAGCAGACGAGGUUCAUGUCGUCACGGAACAGGCCGGAGGGGAAGGUUCUGGAGACUGUGGGAGUGUUUGAGGCGCUGAAGCAGCACGGCAAAUAUGAAACAGGCCAGCUCUUCCUUCAUAGUGUGUUUGGCUACAGAGGGAUCGUGUUGUUCCCCUGGCACGCCCGUAUCUAUGACCGGGAUAUCAUUCCUCCCAUGUCUGACAGCAAGCCAGAGCCUCCUGGUUCUCACGGGUCAAAAGAGGUGAAGGGGAGAACUCAUACCUACUACCAGGUCCUCAUCGACACGCGGGACUGCCCUCACAUAUCUCAGAGGUCUCAGACCGAAGCAGUGACGUUCCUGGCGAACCAUGACGACAGCAGAGCCCUCUAUGCCAUCCCAGGUCUGGACUAUGUGAGUCAUGAAGACAUCCUGCCAUACAACUCCACAGAGCAGGUCCCCAUCCAGCACGAGCUGUUUGAGCGCUUCCUCAUGUUCAACCCUGACAAAACCACCCCAGCUCCCCCGUUCAGUGCGAGGGACACUCUGAAGGCAUGGCAGGAGAAGAACCAUCCCUGGCUGGAGCUGUCCGACGUGCACAGAGAGACGACGGAGAACAUCCGGGUCACCGUCAUCCCCUUCUACAUGGGCAUGAGGGAUGCUCAAAAUUCUCAUGUGUAUUGGUGGCGGUACUGCAUCCGCCUGGAGAACAUGGGAAGUGAGGUGGUGCAACUGAGGGAGAGACACUGGAGGAUCUUCAGCCUGUCAGGCACGCUGGAGACGGUCCGGGGACGUGGGGUCGUCGGCCGGGUCGGAACCAGUGUUGUCCAAAGAGCAGCCAGCCUUCCAGUACAGCAGCCAUGUUUCCCUUCAAGCACCCAGUGGACACAUGUGGGGAACAUUCCGCAUCGAGAGGACGGACGGCUCCCACUUUGAUGUGCGCAUUCCCCCGUUUUCCCUGGAGAGCAACAAGGAUGACAAGGCUCCCCCGGCUGGCUACACCUUCUGAGGCAACGCAGCAGCAGGGCCAUGUCCCUCAGCGCAGUCGAACAGCCAAGCCAUCCUUAGGAACGGAUCAACCCUUCCUCUGCUACUUCUUCCUCAUUGAUAUUUUAACAAACUGAUUUAUUUGAGCACAUUGAAAUGAGAUGUUCAAUGAAAAGGGACAGAAAUUGGCCUCCCAACAUUUGUAGCUAAUGAGAACUUUUGCUUUUUAGUGGGAAGGAGAAGGACAAGCGUUCGGUCACAGAGGUUGUUGCUUGAGAUCGUUCUGCAUAGGCAGAAUGGCACGGUGAGCACUGAUGGUAAUUUGCAUUUAUUAUUAUGAGUGGGAAUGAAUUAUUCCAAUGGUUUCUCUCAGCCAUAAUCGCUUGACCCAGAGGUAGAUGUCUAAAGCCAGGCUCCCUUGGUGUUUUUAUUGGUGUUUCUAAAUGGUUAAAAUCAGCAGACCUGGUGGGAAACCAUUGAGGACUUUACUAAAGCCAAAUAGAACAUGUCCAAUAGGAGCCCUACUCUUUUAAGAGACCUCAGUCAAGUCUAGACCUCCAUGUUGCUCUGAUGUAUAGUAUUAUGCAAAUUACUCUGUUGUGCCUGUUUUGGCUUGUCUGUCACUUUGAGCCUCCCUGAUGGGGCCUGUGGUGAAACAUGUAGAAAAGGGAAAGAGAACCUUGGUUAUGUCUCAAAUGGCACCCCAUUCCCUAUGCAGUGCACUAUAUAGGGAAUAGGUUGCUGUUUGGGAUGUUACCAUUGAACGGAACAAGAAAGUGGAAUACAGGAGGAGUCAGUGAGCUAAGGAUGUCGUAGUGACCCCCAUUGAUUACCAACCUGUAGGUUUUGUCUGAUAAGAGGGCCGGGUUCAGGAGAGUGAUCUGUUUCAGGUAUGAAUAUCAUGCAUAGAGCAGACAUGGUUCCUCAUUCGACAUGACAGCGAUUCAUGUCUGUUCCACACAAUGUAUUUAGAUCUGAACAUUUCGUAUUGUUAUUUGACCGUGGUGUGUGUUGGUGAGGGAGGUGUCUGGGAGACUGACCGGGUGCUAUGCUGCUCGAGUCUGUCGUAUCCAACCCUUUGAGUCAGUUCUGUGGGUUGAAGUCUCAAAGUUUGAUUUUUGCCUUGUUUAGGGAAGAAAAUGUUUUUUUGAUAGAUGAUUUGAGAUGACUGUGUAAUGGUUGAAUUGAUGUUCUGUGACAAAGUUGUAAAGACAAAUAAAUGUACAUUUUAAAGAAA